AUGUCGCCAUCAACCUCUAAAUACUCCUGGACUACAAUUGGAGUCCUGGCACUUCUAGCCGUCUCCACUGUUUACGCGCAUCCAAUUCAGGAGUCAACAACGGAAGAACAAGCCCAGUCUAUGCCUGCUGUGCUGCCCCGCGACCCGAGACUAAUCCCCGAUACUGAACACUACCUUGCCGAAGUCUUCGACCUACUGGGUGUUUCAUACCCAACACCCACAGAGUCAACUCCGAUAGAAACACCCACAGAGACACCUCUAGCAACCCCCUCCUCCACUGGCGUCACAAGCCCCCUCGUCAACGCCGAACACGGAGAACCGAUAAACCUCGACGCAACACCGGUCAUCAGUGGCAGCGGCGUCACGUAUUCGGCUACCAUCAAGCACGGAAACCAGAAGCCGAUCGAGAACAUCCAAAUUGGAUCAGGCUACCAUGGUGAAAAGAAGUUGUCCGCUUCAGAUCUGCCGAUUAUCUUUGCUGCUAUGGAGACGGCGAUUGCGUCUCGAUGGCGGGAUGUGAUUGAUAGCUCUGAUGAGCUUGGAUUGGAUGAGGACUUCAUGCUGUGA